UAGAGGACAGGAAGCAGCAGAGUGUCACUCGCAUUUACUGUGAGCAGUUUGCUCUCCGACGGCAGCCAUUUUGGACCACCAGCGCCUGAGACCAAUUGUUCGGGAAAGAUUAUAACUCAGAGAGGAAUGUGGGAUCAGGGAAGCCAACCCUGGCCGCAGUGGCCGCUGAGCCAGCAGCAGUGGAUGCAGUCUUUCCAGCACCAGCAAGAUCCUGGUCAAGUGGACUGGGCUGCCCUUGCACAAGCUUGGAUAGCUCAUAAGGAGUCAACUGGAUCCGAGCCUAACAUUCAGCCCAACGGACAAGACAUCCCAGGUCUGGAACCACCUGCACAGGGCAACCAUGGGUCCUUCCAGGGUGAUUCUGCUUUUGGCAGAAUGUGGCAGCCAGAAUGGGGAAUGCAUGGCCAACCGCCACCGCCUCCUCCACCACCUCCUGAACAAACCUGGAUUCCUCCUGGCUCAGCCCAGAUGGAUGUUGUGAACCCCAGUGAAGAUAGCAACAGCCAGGACAGUGCAGAGUUCAACUCUGAAGCACAUCGCGGGGUUUUCCCCCAGAACAGCCAUGGGUAUGGGGCACAGCCCGACAGCUACGCCAUGGCCCCCAUGGCCAUAAACCAGUUUGAUUAUCAGCAUGGAGCUGCUUCAUCUUUUGCACCUCCGCCCUCUGGCUUCCACGCCCCAUACUGGCAGGGUCCCCCUCAGAACAGACGGGAUGCCCGACCACCUGGCUUCAGGGAUCGGCCCAGAUCCCCUAUCCAGCUUCCUAUGAAACAGGAAGCCCCAGCACCACUUGAUGCGGUGAAAAGACGUACUCUACCUGCCUGGAUCCGAGAGGGGCUAGAAAAGAGGGACAGAGAAAAUCAGAAGAAACUGGAGCGAGAGCGAAUGGAAAAGGAGCGUGCAGAAAUGUCAAAAGAGGAUGACAAAGAGCACGAGAUGGAUGAUGGGGAUGAUGGGCCUCGUGUGCCCCGCAAGAGUAAAUUUGACAGUGAUGAUGAAACAAAUGAAGACAAUGAUGAAGAAAAGCCUCCUGUAAAAAAAGAGUUUUUUGUGCGAAGCCCAUCGCCUCCAGCAGAAGACAGUGAGCCUGAAAUGACUGAGGAGGAAAAGGACUUCCAGCUGAUGGUCAUCACAAAAACACUCCUCACAGAGAUCCUUCUCGAGGUCACGAAUGAAGAGAUCUUGCUUGUGGCAAAAGAAGUCCACCGCAAAGCAACACGAGCUCCUGCAAAACAGCUGGCACAGUCAAGUGCACUGGCUUCUCUGACUGGUCUCAGCGGGCUGGGGGACUAUGGUUCAGAGGAGAGUGCAGAUGAGGACGACCGCAGCGCCCGAGGGUCAGAGUCCUCCGACACUGAUGAGGAGGAGCUGCGCCAUCGUAUCCGUGAGAAGCUGGAUGCCUUCUAUCGCAAGGAGCGAGAAAUGCAACAGCUCCAAGAAAAACAUGCACAAGAUGCUCUGCUUGCUCGUGAGGAGAUGGUGAAGGAACGAUUGAGCAGAGAAAGGGUUGAAUAUGAUGAAGGCCAGUCCGAAAAUUAUCACAAAGAGGAAGUAAAAGACAAGGAGCCAGAGCCCUUAGUAGAGAGGCGUAGGUCCCGUAGUGAAAUUGAGAGUAGUGAGGGAAGGCAUUUGGGCAGGGGGAAGGAAAGAUCAGGCAGAAGUGGUAGCGAUUCCCCAGCCAACAGUCACAGCAGCAGCUCUCGUUCUUCCUCCAGCCGCAGCAGCAGUCAGUCGUCCUCUUCAUCUUCGACAUCAUCAUCUCGUAGUUCCUCGCGAUCCUCUUCCCCUCGAAGGAAAAGGAGACGUAGUAGAUCGUCAUCCCGUAAGGCCCGCAGGCGUAGUCGCAGCCACAGCUCUCGUCGACGUCGUAGUGAAAAGAUACAGGACAGGAGGAGAAGCAGCACAGAGCAAAGAGCGGGACACCGCAAGAAAAACCGCAGUGAUUCCAGAGAACGAAGAAACCGCAGGAGUAGCUCCAAAUCCAGAGACCGGGGCAAGGGCAGGGCCCGAGACAGCCGCAGUCGCAGCAGAGACAAGGGCAGGGAUAAGGAGAAAGACAGGGAGAACGAAAAGGACAGAGAGAAAGACAGGAAAAGAAGCAGGGAGAGCAGGGACAAUAGUCACAGCAGCAAACACAAGCAGAAAUCCUCCAGCAAAGACGAAGAAAGGAAGCGAGAUCGAAGCCGUAGCCAUGAGAGAGACAAAAAAAGGAAAGAUAAAGAUAAGGAGAGAGACUCUGAAAGAAAGGAGAAGCCAAGGACUAAAGACAAGACCAAUUCUUCAUUUAAUGAGGAAAAUGGAAAAUCUAAGAAACGGAAAGAGAUGGACUCACACACUGACUCACUGACUGACAAGUACUGCAGGCAGGAUAGCAAAUCCAGUAAAAAGGGCUUAACGAAAGCUAGCAAGAGAUUGUCAAACUCUGAUUCAAGCAGAUCCCCUACGCCGGAACUUAGUAAGGAAAAGAAAUCUAAGAAAUCCAAACGUAGUCGCUCACGGUCAGCGGAAAAAUCACACAAGUCUGGUAAGAAGGCAAGCCGCAAACACAAGUCUAAAUCGCGAUCAAGGUCAACUUCCCCCACUCGUCGUAGCAGACACUGAGGAUGUGCUUCCGUACCUCUAAAUUCCACAAGAUCAAGUGGCUUGUCUCAUUAUAGAGGCAGUUGUGUAGGUGGUCAUCCCUUUACACUUGUUUCCCCAUUGUAAAUAUGUUAUUUUUAAAGUGUGUCUGAGGAACAAGACAUGAAUGGUUUAGAUUUUUUCAUGUAUUAUUGGCAAAGCAUAAGCCUUGGCUGACACUAAGGACUGACAUCAUUUAAAUAUUAACAGGAUUCACAGUUUCUCAACAAACUUAAUGUAAAAUGUCCAAUAAAACUAUGUCCUUG